ACUGUUACGACAAGAUUUGACAGAGGAGGGAGGGAAAGAACGAGCAGGAGAGAUGUUUCAACUGACAAAAUGAAAAAAGAGGACACGUUUACGAGGAGGAGGCGCGCAUCUGCCCGAGAAACAACAAAGAAAGAGGAAGAACCUCCAAAACGAGGCACACCAACAAAGAUAGCCUAUGAAAUUUUGGACUCUGUGGAGGAAGACAAUCAAGUUCUGGAAGAGAUGAUGACCACAGAGGCGUCCACCAGAGGGACGAAGGAAGCAAAUGCAGGAAACCAUAAAAUCCGAGAGUCAAAUAGUGAGAUCACUGCAGUAAUGCAGCAGGAGCUCAUCACUCUGGAUGAAAUCAUAGAAGAAGACGAGGCAAAGGUGGAGAAAAGCAUGCAAGAGGUCCACGUACCAGGCGAAGAGGACAGAUCAGGGACGUCCUCAACCCUUGAGAGUACGACAGAAGAAGCUGAGGAAACCUCAACAUCUGAUGGACACAAAGAUCACAAUGGGACAGUUGUGCCCAAAGGGAAGAUGGAGUUUGACGGACCUGAGGUGAAAAGAUCUCGCCAGGUUCCUCGUGUCGCUGCCAACUUCAAAAUGCCGCCAUUUAAUCCCUCCAGUGUCUUUGGUCCGGAGUUCGUGGUUCCCAAAUCCGGAUUCUUCUGUAACAUUUGUCGUCUGUUUUUCCUGAAGGACGUCGCGGCCAAGAGUCACUGCGGCAGCCAGCAGCACUACUACAAACUGCAGAAAUACUAUGAGGAGCUUCAACGCAAGCUAGAGAGACGUCAAACACCAAAGUGUCCAGGCUCCAGUUCUGGUUAAUCCAGAUUUCUCUCAUGGAUCGCUAAAAAUAUGAGGAGAUUAUGUUGAAGAUGAAUACAUUUUAAAUAAUAUUUUAGCCUGGAUUAUUCCAGUGGGAUUAUUAUCUCCUGACACAAGUUAUUUUGAGAUUUUCAAGCUUCAGUUGGUUGUAAAACAAUUAUCUGUGUCUUGGUUUAACAUCUGUUUUCAUAUAUAUUUACAUGUAUAUUAUUUCAGGUUUUUGGAUUUUUUUAUAAUAAAAAAUACUGCAACACUUUCAACAUCAGAAAGUUAAGUGUUAGAAAUGCUGACUCAUCGUUCCCAAAUACAGUUAUUAUUAUCAUUAUUAUUAUUGAAAUGUUUCUCUCCAGUCACAGUUUAGAUGCGGUUUUCUCAAAGAUGGGGCCAAUAUUUUCCACUUUAUUCUGUUUUAAAGUUUGACUUUGUUCUCGUUGUUUGA